AUUUCUUCCAAUUAUUUCUCCGUGUCCUCUGUUCCUUCUCAGUCUUGUUUUCUGCUUCUCCAUGAUUAGGGUUUCAUUCGUAGCCUGCCGAUGUUGUUUUCCUCGAUGCAACUGUAGCUGACUACGGUGGCGCCGGACCUGAGGAAGGGGUGACCCUUCACCGAAUUUUCACACAUUGUCAUUCUACUGCCUCUGCAGUGCACGCUAGUGGUCUGCUGUAGCUGUGCUGUUGGUAUGCUGUGUAACUGAUUUAUCACUAGGAGCACAUAGUCUAAUACGCCCCCUUGAGACCCUCCCACAAUGACGAAGUUCAGGAAGCUUAAUCGCCCCACAGGUCACAGAAUGUCCAUGCUUAGAACAAUGGUCUCGCAGUUGGUGAAGCAUGAGCGGAUUGAGACUACUGUUGCUAAGGCCAAAGAAAUCCGGAGGUUGGCUGAUAACAUGGUACAGAUGGGGAAAGAGGUCAGUGGUUCUCUUUGUGCUGCAAGACGUGCUGCUGCAUUUGUUCGGGGUGAUGACGUCCUUCACAAGCUAUUCACGGAACUGGCUUACCGAUACAAAGAUAGAGCGGGUGGAUACACGAGACUGCUCAGAACUCGCAUACGAGUUGGUGAUGCUGCACCAAUGGCUUAUAUUGAGUUUAUCGAUAGGGAGAAUGAGCUUAGACAGUCAAAACCACCAACCCCUCAACCGCUUCAGAGGGCACCAUUGGAUCCUUGGACAAAAUCCCGACUCAUGAAGCAAUUUCCACCCCCUAAAGAAGAAAAAUGCUCAGAGCUUGAGAUUUGAAAAUGGUCAUUGAACUGUACUGCAACAAUUUUGUAUCCUCUCUCAUGAACUGGCAUGCAAUAUCUUCAAUAUUCUUCUAGUUUUUAUCCAAGCAUAUUAAUGUCAAAGUCAUUUGUAAACAGUUAUUUGUUAUUUGUGCUUAUUCCUGCUGGGAAAAUUGAUUGAUCUAGCAGUGAUUCUUUUGAGCCUA